AUGGCGGGGAAAUUUGGCCAGGGCUCCUGCUUCUGCUGUGUGCACUCAAAUCGGCACGGGCUGAUCCCUAAUUACAGGCUAAAAUGCCGGCAGUGCUUCCACCAGUACCCUGAGAACAUCAGCUUCAUCAAGCUGGACUAA